AAAAAGAAACAAAGAAGAAAAAUGGCUGAGGAUGAACAUUAGCAUUGAGAAAACCAACGUACCUGUUAAUGCGUCCAUUGCUGCGUCUUUUCUUCUGUAUUCAGAAUGUGUUUAUAUUUGGUAUAACACUGUAAAACAUAGUUGUUGUUUUUUUCCUGACUGCCUGAAGGCCCCUCAAGAUUAGCUUAGCUUGCUCGCUGUGAACAAAGAGGUCGAGUGUGAGUGGAAAGUGUUGUGAUUGUCGUGUGAAAAUGUGCAAAGUGCAAAUGCUGAGAGCGUUGCUGAAUCAGCGACUAAGUGCGGCCGUUGACGAAAUAUUUGUAGUGUUCCAAAGAACAAUAGCAGAGUACGAGGAGGAACUUUGUCGUACAAAAGCGGAGAACGAGCGACAACGUCAAAUUUUGGACGCUGUUUUCAAGCCUUCGUUUGGAUCAAACAGAGCAGAUGCAGGAAGAAUGGAUGACGUUGGUGGGGUUAGACCUGCAAAAAGUUCCAGUGAAGAUGAGCUUCUCCCUGAACAGCAGGAAUGGAGCUCUGGGGUACAGCAGGAGGACAUAGAGCCCGCUUGGGUUAAAGAGGAAGAAGAGGAGGCUGACAUUGCCAAGUUCCCGUUGGCUGUCGUCCAUGUGAAGAGUGAAGAUGAUGAAGAUGUGCCUCACUCCUCGCAGCUUCAACACAGUCGAAGCGAAAAGAGACGAUCCCGAGCAGACAGUCUCUUAGCGCCACGAUCAGACAGUGAUGACGCAUCGUCACACUUUCCUGAUGCUGAGGAGCCUAAAGGUGAUGUCAGAUGUCAGACGGACAGUGGACACCUUAAAUGCACUGAUUGUGACAAAACCUUUAGUGACAACUCAACAUUGAAAAGACACAGGAGAUGUCACACUGGAGAAAAACCUUUUGCAUGCUCGCUUUGUGACAAGAAGUUCUCUCAGAGGGCAAGUUUGGUGGCGCACACGAGAACACACACAGGAGAAAGACCUUAUACCUGCUCACUCUGCACCAAAAGUUUCCGCGAUAAUUCUGCAUUAGCUACACACAUGAGAACGCACACUGGGGAGAAACCUUUUACCUGCCCGUUUUGUGAUAAACGAUUUGCUCACAAAGGCCAUUUGAUAUCGCACACAAGAACACACACUGGGGAAAAGCCUUUCACCUGCUCGGUUUGCAACACAAGUUUUAGAGUGCACUCAGUCAUGAUGAUACACAUGCGAACGCACACAGGAGAAAAACCCUUCGCCUGCUCAGUUUGUGGCAAAAGGUUCACUCAAAAAGGAAGCUUGAUAAUACACACAAGAACGCACACCGGAGAGAGACCGUACACAUGCUCAGUCUGCAACAAAAAUUUUAGGGUUCGUUCAGCUUUGGCAACACACAUGAAAACACACACCGGGGAGAAAGUUUUUGGAUGCAGUGUGUGUGAUAAAAGAUUUACUCAUAAGUUUCAGGUUGACAGACACAAAUGUACUGGUGAGAACAGCAGCAGUCAAUGAAGGACUCUAAAUAAACCAAAGACUUGAAGCCUCUUUCAUGUGGCAAUCCCUCAACAUUGGGGCUUUAAAUGCAGAAAACAGCAAAACAAAAUAUAGUAAUCAGGAUGACGCGCUGCUGCUUCCCAAAAUGUUUAUAAUUACCUGUAUUAUUGGUUUAAACCGUAUAUAUACCACUAACUAUGACCCCAAAACACUAAUAUCAUGUCAAACUCGUAUUACCAUUAAAAAAUGGCUUACAAAUUAUUUGAUUUUGAAAAGAUGAACAUUUGUGUGCAUGUGGAGUGAAGACUUGUCUUUCAAUCGAGAUGUAUCACUUCAAUUUACUUCAUUGGCACCAAUGUACCACUUUCCUAUUAUGGCUUUGGUGCCAUUUUAUGGCAUUUUAGGACAUGUCAGAAACAGCACAAAAAAUGAGAAUAUGUUAGUGUUUUUCAGCAAAUGGCUGGGGAUUUGUUCCACAGAACGCAAGUAGGUGAAUUUGUGAAUAGUCAACUCUGAAUAUGCAGAGAUUACUGUAUUGGCAAAACUGCGUGCAAUUUCACUUGGCAUCCCGCAAUCAGACAAUUACAGAAGCGUAUUGUAAUUUUUUUGAGGGCUUUGUUUUUUUUAAUUUUUUUCUGUUUUUCUGACAAUUUUUUUCCACCUGUUUUUCUGACAAAUGUUUUUUUCUUUCUGACUAAUUUUUUUCCCCACCUGUUUUUCUAAUUAAAAAAAUUCUGAGUUAUC